AAAUUUGUAACUUUUUAGUAGUUUUAAAAAUUCUAAAAUUAUUUGUUUAUUGCGUUAAUAUUAAAAAUGAUUACCAUAUGUUAUUAAUUUCACAAUAAUUUUUAUAUUCUUACCAUAUCUGAGUUGAAGGAGUAUUCGUAACACACAUUUAUUGCAGUGUACAUACAGCUUAUUAAUGUUAGAUUUAAAAAAAACGAAAUUAUCUAUAUUAAUUUAAACAAUGAUUCAAAAGUUCACUGUUUAAAUGAUUUUAAUGAUUAUUCCUAAAAUACACUUGCUUCGAAUGGUAUACUUCAAUUCGUCAUAAUAUUUAAUAACUUGAUCACAUUUAAAAAAUUUGAAUCCAUUACUCUUGUUUAUACUUGUUAUCAAAUCCUUUAUCAAUCUGUUAAGUUUCUAUAAGACAACGAACGUUGUAGUUGUUAUCCUCUUGUUAAAAGACUUUGGACUUUAGAUACGAAUUAAUUUUAGUCAGUAGUUUAAUAACGAAUUAAGAAGCAUCUGUGUUCAAUUACAAUUGCAAAAAAUGUUUGCCACGUUUUUAAAAACAUCGCGAUUUAGUAACAAAUUUGGUACAUUGGCACGUUAUGAAUCUACAUUGGUUAUUGCUGAACAUAAUAAUGCAUCAGUAUCGCCUGUUACUUGCAAUGCAUUAAGUGCCGCAAAGAAGAUUGGUGGUGAUAUAACUGUAUUAAUCGCUGGAACAAAAUGUGAUCCAGUUGCACAAGCUGUUAGUAAAGCAAAUGGUGUUUCCAGAGUUUUAGUAGCGGAUAAUGAUGUGUUUAAAGGAUUUCUUCCAGAAGUAUUAACUCCACUCAUUAUUGCAACGCAGAAUGAGCACAAAUUUACUCAUAUUAUGGCUGGAGCCACUGCUUUCGGCAAAGCAUUACUACCGAGGGUUGCAGCCAAGUUGGAUGUGUCCCCGAUAAGUGAUAUCAUUGGAAUUAAAGCACCAGACACAUUUGUUCGUACAAUUUAUGCAGGGAAUGCAAUUCAAACUUUAAAGAGCAAAGAUAAUGUAAAAGUACUUUCUGUAAGGGGUACAUCAUUUGAACCAGCACCUUUGGAAGGAGGCAAUGCCAAAUCUGAUCCUGCACCUGCUGGUGAUUAUAAGACCAAUCUGAUUGAGUUCAUUAAACAGGAAUUGACAAAGUCUGACAGACCAGAAUUAACAUCUGCAAAGGCUGUUAUUUCUGGAGGGAGGGGAAUGAAAUCUGGAGACAAUUUUAAAUUGCUGUACGCGUUGGCUGAUAAGCUUAAUGCAGCUGUUGGUGCAUCCCGUGCUGCUGUUGAUGCUGGUUUUGUAUCCAAUGACUUGCAAGUUGGACAAACUGGAAAAAUUGUUGCCCCUGACUUAUAUAUUGCUGUGGGGAUAUCUGGAGCCAUUCAACAUCUUGCUGGUAUGAAAGAUUCGAAAACGAUUGUUGCCAUUAAUAAAGAUCCAGAAGCUCCAAUUUUUCAAGUAGCCGAUUAUGGUCUUGUUGCUGAUCUGUUUAAGGCUGUGCCUGAACUUACAGAGAAACUAUAAAUGUUGAAAAUAUUUUUAUUACAUUUUUAUAAAUCUUAUAUGUAUACACAGAGUUUAUUGAAAACAUAAA